AUGCAAGGGCGCCCUUUGAUGAAGGCCCUUUCGCCAGGCUUUCGGUCUCGUGCAGUACAGUCCAUUCUAAUUUCAAGACCCUGCUACAGUCGCCCGCAAUCUUCGGCAGCUCCUGAUGUUCAUCGGUCGCUAUCAACUUUACCUAAUAUUCCGCUGUUUCGUGCCCUUAAAAAUCACGAUCAGUCCAGUUUUGCCGUUGUCCACAGCAGGUCGUCUCGUUCUUUUACCUAUGGCAAUCUGGUCGCAGAUGUCCUACAUGCAAAACAAAAACUUCUCAAUUGCGCAAAAGGGCAAGAUGACCUCUCCGGAGAGAGAAUCGCCUUUCUUGCGGAGAAUAGUUAUGACUACGUAGUGAUGCUUCUUUCUAUCCUUGCGAACGAUGCGAUUGCCCUCCCUCUCUCCCCGGCCUUUCCUAUUGGCGAACUGAAAUAUAUUAUGGACAAUUCUCAGGCGAAAGUGUUGGUUGCCACGGAAAAGCAUGCGGAUAAAGCCCAAAGUAUCGUAAAAGCGGGUUUAAAUCGGGUGCCCAUCUUGGACGUGUGGGAAAAGAUCAAAGUAGGGGAAACCAACUCGCCGCCAGUGUUGUUGGAGGAUCACAACCAGAAAUCUCGGGGUGGAAUGAUACUAUACACGUCUGGUACCACCAAUAGGCCGAAAGGUGUGCUCAUUCCCCAAUCUGUGCUCACCGCACAAGCUUCUUCUCUAUUGCAAGCGUGGAAUUACGGGCCGACAGACAGGCUACUUCAUCUUCUUCCCUUGCACCAUAUCCAUGGGACCGUGAAUGCUAUUGUUGCACCUGUUUUCGCUGGAUCAUCCAUCGAGUUUAUGUAUCCAUUCAACACGGAUGCCGUGUGGAAGAGACUAGCGGCUCCUUUCCUGCCCAGCCCUGCAACCAAUAGCAACAUAACAUUCCUUACAGCCGUCCCGACUAUCUACAAUCGAUUAAUAUCCUCAUUUCCCAGUCUCCCAUCCAAGCUUAGAGAAGCUGCGAGAAAGGGAAUAUCACCCGAGAACCUCCGCCUAAAUAUCUCAGGCUCAGCAGCCCUUCCAACUCCGACAAAGCAAGCUUGGCAAGAUAUUAGCAACGGCAACGUUCUUCUUGAGCGCUACGGCAUGACAGAGGUUGGGAUGGCUAUCAGCUGCGGUCUUGAUUUCGCCGACCGCGUAGAUGGCAGUGUUGGCUGGCCGUUACCAUCUGUGGAAGCUAGACUGGUAGACAUGGAUACAAACCUAGUGAUCCACCCCAGAGAAGAAAUUGAUGAGAAAGGACGUCAACGGGAAGGUGAAAUCCAACUUCGUGGUCCUACCAUAUUCCAGGAAUAUUGGGCCAAUGAAAAAGCCACGCAGGAGACCUUCGUAGACAGCGACGAUGGCAAAGGCAAAUGGUUCAAGACUGGCGAUGUAGCCACUCGUCGGAUUAUUGACAGUGCUGGCAAAGGAACCAGCGGGGAAUGGGCCAAGGGACCGAUGUAUUUCAUCCAAGGUCGACAGAGCGUAGACAUCAUCAAGGUUGGGGGUGAAAAGGUCAGCGCGCUAGAGGUCGAGAGAGAGCUACUUUCGCUCCCUCAGAUAGCCGAGGCUGCUGUUGUCGGCCUUCCAUCUGAACAGUGGGGUCAAAAGGUUGCAGCCGUCGUUGUAUUGAAUGCUGAUAAGGCCUCUACUGGCCGCAAUGGUGCAUGGGGCACAAUGGACAUGCGACGUGCUCUAAGGAGCCGUUUAGCAGCUUAUAAAAUGCCUCAAGAGAUGAAGGUCCUGGACGGGCCAAUCCCGAGAAACGCAAUGGGAAAGGUAAACAAGAAAACGCUUGUCAAAGAGCUCUUUGGUCUAUAA